AUGUUGUUAGCCGUUCAAGCCAGACAAUCUGGAUCUGGAUUUUUAAAGAAAGUAAUUGGUAAGUACAAGGCGAAGUCUAGUCUGCAGUCGCUGGCGCAGGUGCUCGCGCGCUGGCGGUUGAUAAUCAUAGGUUCCUUAAUGAGUAAAUGCUUUUGUGGCCAGGGAGAGGAUCAAGACGAGCUGCGUCUUGAUGAGGAGAUGGAGCGAGUCGUUUGGCACGAGAAUAACCCGCCAACUCGGCUGCAGCCCAGCGGUGAGCCCGUUAGAGAUGCGGCAGCCCCGCCACCUCCAUACUCGCAAGACGAUAUCAUGAGGACCAGCAGUUCUGAACAAUCCCGUGCCAGUAGGGAGCAACUUAAUUCCAGUUCGGAAGCACAAAUGUCAGGACAUAUUUCUGGCUCUGGUUCAGGCAGUACGCCACGUGGGGAAGAUCGUCAUGUGCAGUUCGACAGUGAACGUGCCAGGGCUGAUCCACUAGAUGAUGCAAGCGAAGAACGUCGUCAUCAAAGAAACACUCGCCACCUGCAUCACAAAUCACGAAAAUAUUCCCUACAAGAGGGGGCGAGAGGUGGUGGGGCAGAUGGCGAGCGACACGUGUCUGCGGCACCAACGGAUGAACCAUUACCCGAAGCUGAUCUUGAUGAACUCCGGAGCCAUCGCAUUGAUGACCAGCGGGUUUUACGGAGACUUAAACUUCAGCCCAGGAGUCCAACCGUUCACGUAGGUCGCAAGGAUGGAGGCGAUAAAAUACAAAACAUUUUUUCCGACUUGACUCUGAAAAAAAUGUACGACCACAGCCCACAUUCGGUGUUUGUUCAACUGGACGAAUUACUGGCCACGGAAGAUGGUGACACGGAAUGGAAGGAAACUGCACGUUGGAUUAAAUAUGAAGAAGAUGUUGAAGAAGGAUCUGCCAGAUGGGGUCGGCCCCACGUAGCCUCUCUGUCUUUCCAUUCCCUAUUAAACCUACGACGUUGCUUAGAAACUGGAGUGGUACUACUUGACCUCGAUGAGAAAGACCUUCCUGGUGUUGCAUACAGGGUCGUAGAAAGUAUGGUCAAUGAGGGAUUGAUAGAAGAAGAUGACAAACCAGUCGUAAUGAGAUCUCUACUCCUUCGCCAUCGACACGUACAUGAUGAAAGGUUCCGAUUUUCCAUAAGUGGUCGAAAGCACUCCUCCUAUACAAGCUUACAGUCGCUGUGGUUGGAGGAAGGUGGUGGUGCCCGCCAGCGAUACUCCACAUGCUCUGCCAUGGGUCCCUGUCGUCGACACAGCUCUCAUAUUCUCAAUCUUUCGGAAAACAAGCGACGAAGAAGCUCCAAUGCUCUACCACAAGAUCGAACAGAAGCUCGCGCAAAAACAUCAGUGGCGGGCAUUGAUACACGCGAAGUAGAAUAUUUAGCCACAGCCCCCGUGGGUUCUCAAGAUGAAUUAAGACGAGGUCACAAUGAUUCAAUCAUGAAACGUAUACCUGACGAUGCGGAAGCGACAACAGUCCUCGUUGGUGCAGUUGGAUUUUUAGAUCAACCAACGAUUGCCUUUGUACGUCUCGCUCAAGGAAUAUUAAUGCCAUCCAUCACAGAGGUUCCCAUACCAGUCCGCUUUAUGUUCAUAUUACUUGGGCCAACAUCAGCUGAUCUUGACUAUCAUGAAGUGGGUAGAUCAAUUUCUACUCUUAUGUCAAACCCUUCCUUUCAUUCUAUUGCGUACAAGGCUGAUGAUAGACGUGAACUCUUAUCGGCAAUUAAUGAAUUCUUAGACGAUUCGAUAGUGUUACCGCCUGGCGAUUGGGAGCGGCAGGCUCUAUUACCUUUCGAAGAAUUACGUGCUAAAAGUGAAAUGAUAAGAAAACGCAAGCGUGAUGCUUUGGAGCGUAAAAAGGGCAUUGAAAUUACAACAACUUCUCCAAUAGAUGAAAAAAAGGCUUUGUUGGCUGGUGAAACUGGUGGAUUGCCAGAAAAAGAACGAGAUGAUCCAUUAUCCAAAAGUGGACGUCUUUUUGGUGGCGUCAUAAGAGAUAUUAAAAGGCGUUACCCCCACUACAUAUCCGAUUUUCGUGAUGCAUUAAAUGGUCAAUGUGCAGCAGCAACAAUAUUCAUGUAUUUCGCUGCACUUUCUUCAGCUAUUACUUUUGGAGGUCUCUUAGCUGAAAAAACUGAUAGACAGAUUGGUAUCUCGGAAACAUUGGUAUUUACUUGCGUAGGUGGACUAUUUUUCGCCCUAGUAGCAGGUCAGCCAAUGAUGAUUACUGGGGCUACUGGACCUUUGCUGCUUUUGGACGAAUCGCUUUUUGUAUUUUGUCGCUCAUACGGAUUUGAUUUUUUGGCCGCAAGAAUGUACUGUGGUCUAUGGAUGAUAGUGAUUGCUCUAUGUGUUGCCUCUAUUGAAGGUAGUGUCGCCGUAAAGAAAAUUACGAGAUUCACUGAAGAUAUUUUCGCAUUUUUGAUAUCGCUUAUUUUCAUAUCUGAACCUGUUACGAAUAUAAUAAAUGUUUACCGUGCUCAUCCGCUCGGUUAUGACUAUUGCGGCAAUAACACACUUGAAAAUGCCACUGCUGGCGUUGAUAUGGUCAACUCAAAUUUUACAGGAAAUCUAACAGUUCCUCCAAUUCUACCGCCUACAAAUAUGUUACUUACACCGAAACCAAAUACAGCUUUGUUUUGUACAAUGUUGACUCUAUGCACCUUUAUUCUUGCUUACUAUCUCCGCAUAUUCCGCAACGGAAAAUUUCUAGGUCGAAGUGCUCGACGUGCACUUGGUGAUUUCGGAGUGCCGAUUGCGAUUGUUUUAAUGGUUGGAAUAUCCUGCUUAGUACCCGUAUGGACAGAAAAAUUACAAGUACCGGAUGGUCUGAGCCCAACCUCAAAUCGUUCUUGGCUGGUACCCCUUAAUACUGGACUUGAAACUAUACCACUGUGGGCAACAAUUGCUAUGGUUUUACCGGCGCUCAUGGUUUACAUCAUCGUCUUUAUGGAAACCCACAUCGCAGAGUUAAUUAUUGACAAACCGGAGAGAAAACUAAAGAAAGGCAGUGGAUUCCACAUGGACAUAGUCGUAAUGUCGUUAGUGAACGCAGUGUGUGGCAUGUUUGGGGCUCCAUGGCAAUGUGUAGCCACAGUACGAUCUGUGAGCCAUGUUUCCGCCUUAACUGUUAUGUCAACAACUCAUGCCCCCGGUGACAAGCCUUAUAUUGUUGAAGUUAAGGAACAACGUCUUACUGGAUUACUAGUUGCUUUUCUCGUUGGCAUAUCUGUUUUGGCUUCCGGCUGGCUAAGAUUAGUUCCAAUGGCUGUAUUAUUUGGAGUUUUUCUCUAUAUGGGAAUUUCUGCGCUUGGAGGAAUUCAGUUCUGGGAUCGAUGCAUUUUACUACUAAAACCUGUGAAGCACCACCCGCAAGUACCUUACGUGAGACGAGUGCCGACAUUUAAAAUGCAUCUCUACACUCUUAUCCAAAUGGCUGGUGUAUGUGUAUUGUAUGCUGUGAAGUCUUCGAAGUUCUCCCUAGCGCUUCCCUUCUUCUUGGUACUCAUGGUGCCACUGCGAAUGGCAAUCAGUUACAUCUUUACCCCGCUACAACUGCGUGCGUUGGAUGGAUCCCAAAAAGAUAUUGACGUCGAUGAUGAGCCAGAUUUCUAUGAAGAAGCGCCUCUGCCCGGAUAG